AUUUUCGAGAGUAAAGUUACAUUAGUAGUAAUGAAAUUAGAACCAACCCUACGAGAAUGGGAAACGGAUGCCGUUUGCUCGGUCCGUGACAGUUUCCAGCUCACUGAGACCCAGGAAGAUGAUGAGGAGGGUAACGAGAUUGAUCAAGAGGAGGAUGACGAAGGAGAUGAAAAUGAUGAGAAUGGCGUGGAGGGAGAGGGACCCAGGGAGGGUAUUAUGAAAAAUAUUGUUUUUAUGGAGGAAUUUCGGAUUGAGAGGGAAGAAUUGAAGAAGGAGAUAGAGGAAUUGAAGAAGGAGAGGGACAAAUUGAGAAAAGAGAAGGAAGAGUUGAGAAGGAAAAAAGCAAGGUUUGAUAAGAGGGGGACGUUACUGAAAGAGAAAGAAGCAUUGAAGAAGGAGAGAGAUGAGUUGAAUGAGAGAGCACAAUUGAAGAGGGAGAAGGAUUUGUUUUUUGAGGACAAGGAAAAGUUAGCGAAGGAGAGGGAGGAGUUUAAUAAAGAGAAAGAAGAUAGUCAUACACGGAGGGAACGUUUUGUGAUGGAGGAGGAGGGUGAGGAGUUGAGGAAGAGACGGGAAAUAAAUGAUAUUGAAAAAAAAGAACUUGGAUAUGGGGAUUUGGAUGUGCAAUCGUAUAGUAUUGCCGAAGGUAAUGUAUUGGAUGCAUCCACUUCUCAUCUCGUUUAUCAAAGGAGAACCAAACGGCUACUGAAUCCGUCAUAUUACAAAGUUUCUCCGUACUUGUCCAUGUCUGCAUUCGAUACAACCCCUGGGGAGGUUCCCAAACCUGAGCAAGUAACAGCUUUUGUUACUUCUCAGAUACCAUUUCCUCUACAGAUGGAUCCAUUCAGGAUAUUAUCCGCACAGGAAGUGAAAGAGGCAGAGGACUAGUAUGAAGCAAAUAAGGACAUGGCAGCGGAGAAAUGGUUUAAUACGAUAUGGAUGAAGGAUACGUGGGUUGAUAGCGAGAUGGCAAUGACCAUGGAUCGAUGGGAUACCAUCGAAGAGAUCUUUACAAAGGCAAAGGAAAUUAUGGCGGGAAACAUUGAGAUGAAAUUUACUGGCGAAGAGUAUACGAGGUUUUACGGAUCCGUUUUUACAUUGUGCACAAAGAUGCCCGGCACUUACGGUGAAAGUCAGAUUGUUUUUGAUAAGUGUAAGGGAUUUAUGGAAGAGUGCAUCACUUGUACGGUUCUUCCAUCUUUAGAGGAGAAACAUGACGAUGAUAUGUUAAGAGAACUUGUGAAAAUGUGGUCAAAUUACCGAGUCAUGGUCAAAUGGCUAUCAAGAUUCUUUGGUUAUCUUGACCACUACUUUCUUCAAUCACAGGAGCCUUCUACAAUUUAUGACACUGGCAUUUGUUGUUUCUCUAAUCUGGUCUGCCAAGAGUUAAAUGCCAAAUUCAGAGAUGCUGUUAAAUCCUUGAUUAAUCAAGAGCGCAAUGGGAAGCAGAUCGAUCAAGGCCUAGUAAAGAAUGUUCUGGAUUUCUUUGUGGAUAUUAGUAAAGGAUGUAAUUGUCCUGAGAAAGAUAUGGAUUUCUACAAGGACUUUGAAUUGGCAAUGCUUGAAGAUACCACUGCUUACUAUUCUCAAAAGGCUUCAAAAUGGAUUUCUGAAGAUUCCUUCAUGGAAUAUAAGUUAAAGGUCAAGCAAUGCCUGAAUCAGGAAAUGGAGCGAGUUUCCCACUACUUGCAGCCUAGCAACCAGGAGAAAUUACUACAGGUUGUGAGAUGGGAGUUGGUGCUUGUACAUGCAACUGAAUUACGUAAAAAGAUGCAGUCCAAGUAGCAUGUCCUGCUCGAGGAUCUACUUCCAUGAUGGGAGCGCCUAUUGCUUCAAUAUGGAAUUCUGGGAAGAGCCAACUGCAUACAGAUGAUCAGGGAGAUCUGAGCUGUUCACCAUAUUGGUUAAAGAUUUUGGAUGUUAUCUACUGAUCAGAUUUAGGAUACAGAUGAUCUGAGCAUUCUCUUGUACAGACCAAGUUGAUAUCACUGACAGUAAUCAUGCAGGAAAAGGCAUGUACAUAUGCUAGAAGCCAACCAUAGUCUCUUUGAGGAUUGAAUGAUUGUGAAACUAUAAGAUGGUGGAGAGUUGAGACUGCACAGUUUUUUGGCAAAUACUAGCUGUUAUCUGUGUUUCAAUCACAAAUGAGAAUGAUUUUUUUUUGUUGGCAUCUUUCGGGUUUGCAAUGACAUUCUGAGCUGGUGAAAUGAUAUUAGUACA